CUCUGUAUAAAUAUAUAUACAUAUUUGUUGUUAAUCGUAGUCGGUUCCAAAGCUCGAUGCUCGCCUUAGCUUAUCAUCUGGAUAAUGUUGAGCUUCGACUCAGACAGUUGAGCUCGGUUGCUCCAUGGCUGUGCACAGUUUUGGAAGAGCCCUAAGUAACCCUAGCACUUGGUAACAGCAGCAGCAGCAGCCUUCGAUCAGAGUGACCACCCAGUGAUGCUAGAAUAGAGCCAGCCUUUAACGAUGACUGAUUACAAAAAUGGCAGCAACAGCAGCCCGCCCAGCAGCACUAACAACAACAACAACAAUAACAGCAACGGUAACGCUCUGAGAUUGAACGUGGCCAAGGAGCAGCCGCCAAAGUAUGACGAACAGCCACCCAAGCAGCCGACAGCGACUGCCACAGCAGCAGCAACGGCCACGCAUCCCAGCAAGAAGAAGAAGAAGCGACGGGACAAGGGCGACCUGGGCGAUGAUUUCGUGGCGCCCGAUGGCGGCUGGGGCUGGUUGGUGGCCAUCUCCAGCGGCAUCAACAUUCUGGUCACAUUCGCAUUGGCUCAACAGUUCGGCGUCAUCUUUCGUGUCCACUUCGAGCGUUUGGGCAUCACCAGCUCCGAACUGACCACCAUUAUCAACACACAAAUUGCCGUUUCGGCCUUUACAGGUCUGCUGAAUGGUCCAUUGUUCCGUCGGUUCACGUACCGUGUCGUGGCACUGGUUGGGUCGGUGCUGACCUUUGUGGGUCUGUUCUGGAUGGUGUUCGCCAACACGUUUACAGUUUACCUGCUGAGCUUCUCGAUUAUCUAUGGCUUCGGACGCGGCCUGACGGUGUCUGCCUCCUCGUUGGCGGUGAACACGUACUUCAAGGUGAAGCGGCGCACGGCGACGGCCUACCAGUUCGGUGUCGCCGGCCUUGGACCCAUCGUGUGCCCCUACUUUGCCACGUUCUUGCUGCGGGAGUUUGGUGUCGUGAGCACGACGCUGCUGUUCGCGGGCGCCUCGCUGCACACGAUCGCCUGUUCGCUGAUCUAUCAGCCGGUCAAGUGGCACGUGGUGAAGCGGAACAAGGAUGCGGAGGCGCUGCAGCCGGCCAAGACGCCGGCGCUGGCGGACGACGAGGAUGAUGACAUUAUCAAGCACGUGGUGGAGCCCGAAACGCCGGUGUUGCCGCGCGCGAACGACGGCUGGUUCGGCUCCCGGGCGUCGCUCAAUAGCAGCGGCACACGGAAUCGGGUCAACACGUGGGACAAGCAGCAGGGCGAGAAUGGCCACAUGGAGCUGCGCCGGCUCAGCAGCCGUGACUCGGGUAGCGGCCGGCAGCAUCGCAGCAUCUCUGUCAGUCACAGCAUCAAGGAGGAGGCGCAUGAUCAUGACGAGCCCGAAUACGAAUACGAAUACGAGAGCCGGGAGCAAGCGCAGCCGCUGAAGGCAACGCCACAGCUGACCGCCAAGGAGCAGCAGCAGCUGGAGGACGAACAGGAACUGGAGCGCCGUAAGAAGCUGACGUUCUAUCAGAAAAUCGUGAUAUUCUUCGAUCUCGAUCUGCUGCGCGACAUCACCUAUGUCAACCUGGCCGUGGGCAUUACGUUGAUCAAUUUCGUGGAAAUCAAUUUCGCCAUUCUGACGCCGUUCAUACUGAACAAUCUGGGCUUCAACAGCAACCAGAUAGCGUUUGCCAUGUCGCUGCUGGGCUUCUUUGAUCUGAUCAUUCGCUUCCUCAUACCGCUGAUCACGGCCAAGUUCAGCUGGAGCAAUCGCACCUUCUUUGUGGUCGGGAUACUGGGCAUGUGCCUGGGCCGUGCUCUGCUCUCGAUGACCACCAACUUCUACGUGAUGGUGGCCAUCUUUCUGUGGCUGGGCCUCAACAAGGCCUUCCGCACCGUCUUCUGGUCACUGAUCAUACCCAGCUAUGUGCCGCUGAAACGUCUGCCGGCCGCUGCCGGCCUCCAGCUGCUGAUGUCGGGCACCUUUUCCAUGGUCUUCGGACCGCUGAUCGGUCUGAUACACAGCACUCCGGUCGUCCUUAACUGCUUCAAUGGGCUCUGCGUUACGGCCAUUAGCCUGUGGUACAUCGAGGACUGGAUUCGCGCCCGACGUCGCAAGUCGCCGCCAGUCACCGAAGCUGACUUUAAGUGAGCUCCACAACAGCUGGCCUGCCUGCCCGCCGCACAUUCAUCGUCCCCGCCUCCCCCUGCCCCAGCCCAUGCACAUACCUAACUCUUAGUCUAGCCAAGAUUUUUUUUGAUUGUUGU